AUGCCAUCCAAGUACAAGACGCCGGAUGCGAUCGCGCGCCGGCGGCAGCAGAGCCGCAACAACCAGCGCCGCUACCGCCAAGAGACUCGGUCGUACCUUCAGUCGCUUCAAUCCGACGUCCAAGCGCUGCUCCACAGUACGUUCCGGCUCGAAGGCCAAGUCGACAUGAUGCGACAAACGGUGCAGCGGCGUUUUGCCAACGACGUGGCGCGCGUCGGCGCCUACUGGCGCCUCUUCAUGUGCGGAUACGUCGCCGCGCCCGACCAAGACGCGGCGCUGCGCGACCUCAUGGCCGACGACGUCGAGCUGCGCGAAGCGACUGGGAUCGACGCGCUCUUUGAUCAGUGGCGCCAGUACGCCGGUGCGUUCGCCUUUUUCCGCAAAGAGCUUCGCAGCAUCGAGGCAGUCGCACUCGAUAGCGACGAGCACCUCGUCUGCGUCGUGGGCACUGUCUCGCUCGGCUUGAGCGACGCGGCGGUGGCGACCUUGUGGCCGCACUUGCACAACACUCCCGACAGCCGGAUUCGCCGCCGCCUCGCGGACCAAACGCUCACGUGUCCAUGCACGCAGCUCCUCUACAUGCGUCCAAGCGGCGACGCCAGCGCCAAAGUCCGGCGCAUCGAAUUUGAAUGGGACAUCGCCGCCGGUCUCGCGACGCUGCUCACGGACCUCGACGAUGUCGCGACCGUCCUCCACGACCGCCACCAGGUAUUCCCCUGA